AUGGCGCAGCACCAUCGUCUUGUCCAAUCUUUGGCACGAACUAUACCAGGGCAACCCAUUGCGUUGACAAGCUGGACUUUCAGGCUUGCAUCGACUCGACCACUCGCAGAACGAUGCUCCAGUGAAACCAUCAUCAUCGCCGGCAGGCGCUGGGCUUCUGGUAGUGCCCACUCGCACUCUGCUCCAUCUGCAUCCUUAAACACCAGUCGAAUCGGUCUCUUUGCGCUUCGUGCUGCUCUCGCCGGUACCGCCUUGACUGUAGUCACUAUUGCAGUCAUCGACCCAAUUCACCUCGAUUCGCAAGAUUCCACAGAGACCAAAUCAAUUGCUGAAGCCCAUCGCAAGCCCAUCGAGCGCGAAGAUGAAAGCCACCGUCCCUAUCGUCCGUUGCGCAAUCAGCCCAUCUCGAUGCUUCUCACCAAUUAUGCCGUCUUCACACUUUGCUCCUUUUCAUCGCUAGCCAAGGUCGGACCUCAACUCAUCGAGUGGAGCUCCAACACCUCGUUGCCUCUCGUCUGGACCGUCACAGAAUACAUCAUCCGUCGCACCUUCUUCCGUCAGUUCAUCAGCGAUGACACUGCUGAAGGAUCCUUGCCCUUGCUCUCGUCACUUUCGCGCGACAAUCUCGGUGCUAUGCUCAACUUCUCCGUAGAGGUUGCUCACGAUGGCAAGGCUGCCAAGGGUUCUUCUCAAAGCGGUGCUGGUUCAAAGCUGGCCAUCCACCGUCCUUUCGUUGAUGAGCUUCUCCACAGUAUCGAUGUUUCUGCUAAGCUUGCAUCGCUUCCUGCUUCGCACGGCGUUGCUGACGAGGAGCAGGCUUCCGAGUUGGCUGUUCGUCCCGACCGAUCCGGUAGCACCUUUGUCGCCAUUAAGCUUUCUGGUCUCCUCUACGACUCUUCCGUCCUUGAACGUGCCUCUGCCGCCAUUGUGCCCAGAGAAUGGUUCAGCUCGCCUCCUGAGCCGCUUCCACCUCUUAGCAUUAACGGCAAUGGCCCUUGCGGUGGUCUUGCUAUCCCUGUCGCAGCUCUUACACCCAAGGAUGUGGAUGCGCUCAAGCAGCUCUGGGAAGCUUUGCGAGAGAUUGCCGAGCGAGCCAAGCAGCACGGCAGCGUCCGUCUCGCAAUUGAUGCCGAGUACAGUUGGUACCAACCCGCCAUUGACGCCAUGUACGAAGCCAUUGCUGCCGAGUACAACCGACCCAUUUCGUCUUCUGCUGACGCUCCACGGGGUAGCAUCACUGGCCCUUUGGUCUACAACACCUUCCAAGCCUACCUCCGCCGCACUCCAUCCCACCUCGCUGCUUCAUUCGAGCGCGCAAAGCUCAACGGAUACACGCUCGGUGUCAAGCUGGUGCGAGGUGCCUACGUUGACAUUGAAAAUCGAAUCUGGUCCGACAAGAUCGUCGACGCACCACCUGUACCUGGCAAGGGUGCCGAUGCCUCUGCUUACGAAGGCUGGGGCAGCCCUGUCUGGCCCAACAAGGACCUCACCGAUCGAUGCUACGAUGGCUGUGCCAUCCGUCUUGUCCAAGAGAUUCACGACGACCUCGUUCGCGGCGCCAAGAAGGGCAGCCACCCUAGCUUGGCCGUCGUCUUUGCCAGUCACAACACGCAGUCUUCGCUCAAGGUGAUCCGUGAGAUGGUGCGCCUUGGUACGGCCAAGCCCUCUCCUGCCCUCUUGCAGGCGACCAAGGACGCCAACCCGACUGCUGAUAAGCGACAGCUGCUCAAGCAGGUGCCGCUUGUCGACUUGCAGUUGCAGGAGUCGGUGCGAGGACGCAUCUUCUUUGCUCAGCUUUACGGUAUGGCUUCGGUGUUGACAGCGCGUAUUCAGGCCGCUUUUGACCCAAACUCUGGCGGUGUCGGCCCGCAUAUGGUGCUCAAGUACAUUCCUUACGGUCCACUCGAGUUGACGCUGCCUUACUUGAUUCGCCGUGCUCUUGAGAAUGGUGAUAUCAUGACGGGUGGUGCCGCCGCUGAAAAGUCGCUCGUGUGGGAUGAGCUCAUGCACCGUAUCGGCUUGCGUCACUGA